UCUUCUCUUCUUCAAAGACGGUUGCCGCCCUUCUCAUCCAAUACCGUUCGUUUGCGUUUUUCUUAAAUAUCUCCAAAAUCAGUAUUACCUGCCGGUUCCACCGACGGUUUUGAAAAAAGAUGGGGAAGACGAAGAAGGAAUUAUUUGCAUCGGCGCCAUGGCGUCCCGGAUGAGACGAUCCUCUAUUUCUCGGUCGGGCACAGGCCUAUGUUGGCUGAUUCGAUUGCAUGUUUGCCAUUUGUUUCAGUGUUCUUCGUCUAGGGGGAAAAUGGAAGUGAGCUUCGAGUUGCGUGGUCGCUUCCAUUCCUCGAAUUCAAUCUUCCUACUUCCGCCUCCGUCCUUCCCCGCUAUUUCAGGUAGGUCGGCCGCUGAUGCACCACCGGAGAGGCUAAUCGGAGCCCACUGGAGAAAGGUGCAGCUUCUCGCUUCUUCCGUUUUCUCCAUCGGCUUCAGGCGUAACAGUUGGACUUGCAACCACUUCUUCAGGAAUUCAGUCAGGGCAGGAAGAUGA